AUGGACAAGCUACGCGAGCAAUUUGUCGACUCGACCGUGGAGGAGAAGCGGCUGCAUGAGAACCGCGCACGUGACAAGUACUGGUACAAGUGGGGUCCGUAUCUGAGCGAGAGGAGCUGGGCGACCGUGCGGGAGGACUACUCGCACGACGGCGACGCGUGGACGCAUUUCCCCUUUGAGCACGCGAACGCGCGCGCGUUCCGGUGGGGCGAGGACGGGCUGUUUGGCGUGUCGGACAACCGACAGACGAUCUGCAUGAGCGUGGCGCUGUGGAACGGCAGAGACGAGAGGCUGAAGGAGCGGCUGUUCGGGGUGACCGGCCCGCAGGGUAACCAUGGCGAGGAUGUCAAGGAGCUGUAUUACUAUUUGGAUAACACACCCACACAUUCGUACAUGAAGGCGCUGUACAAGUAUCCGUUCAACAAGGCGUUCCCGUACAAGCAGCUGGUGGAAGAGAACGGUAGACGCGGGUACGGCGACCGGGAGUUUGAGGUGUACGAGAUAGAUGGCCUGUACCGCGAGGAGGAGAGCGGGGACAGCCCGUAUUUUGACGUCUUCUUCGAGAUGGCCAAGGGCGACGAGAACGAACACGACCUGAACUUCAGAAUCACGGUCCACAACCGCAGCGGGCGGCACGCCGGGGAGCUGUACGUGGCGCCGCAGGUGUUCUUCCGGAACACCUGGGCGUGGGAGGGCAGCCGCGACAAGCCGGUGCUCGCGAAAGACGAAAAGGCGAGCAACAUGGUGCACGUGACGAGCAAGCGAUACGGUGCUAGACAGGUAGUGUUCCAGCCGUCGCCGGGCGUGUUCAGUGGUGGCUCUGGGGAGGUCGAGGAUGUGGAUCCGCUGCUGCUGUUUACGGAGAACGAGUCGAACCUGGUUAAGUUGUUCGGGGUGGACGAGAACUGCAGCGAAUUCACCAAGGACGCAUUCGAAGAGUACAUCGUUCAUGGCAACAAGGACGCCGUGAACAGUGCCAAUGAGGGCACCAAGGCGUGCGCCGUGUACCACUUUCCAAGUAUCCCGCCCGGGGAGUACGUGACUGUCAGAUACAAGUUCACGAAUGACCCCAGGGACAACAUCUUCCCGCUGGGGGAGCUGGCAGUGGUGGACGAGGAUGUCUUUGACCGGGUGUUCGACAACCGCGAGGAAGAGGCCGACAAUUUCUACUGGAGGGUGACGCCGUUGCCGAUCAGCGACGAGCUGAGGAAGAUCCAGAGACAGGCGUUUGCGGGGCUGCUGUGGACCAAGCAGUUCUACAACCUGACGUACGAGCAGUGGUACAACGGAGACGCUAGUAUCAAGCCACACCCUCCGCCAAACCGUGCGAACGGGCGGAACAAGAACUGGAAGCACAUCUACUGCGAGGAUAUCCUGUCGAUGCCGGACAAGUGGGAAUACCCGUUCUUUGCGUCGUGGGACACUGCGUUCCAUUGCAUUCCUUUGGCGAUGAUCGAUCCGGAGUUUGCCAAGAGACAGCUGGAUCUGCUGACUAGGGAGUGGUACAUGCAUCCAAACGGGCAGAUUCCUGCUUACGAGUGGAACUUCAACGACGUGAACCCGCCGGUGCACGCUUGGGCGGUGUACCGGGUGUACAAGAUCGAGAGAAAUCUGUACAACCGGGAGGACCGCGUUUUCUUGGAAAGAGUUUUCCAGAAAUUGCUGUUGAACUUUACCUGGUGGGUCAAUCGUAAGGACUCAGAGGGUAAUAAUGUGUUCGAAGGUGGGUUUUUGGGGCUGGAUAACAUCGGUAUCUUCAACAGAAGUGAGCCUUUGCCCACGGGCGGCAAAUUGGAACAGGCUGACUCCACUGGUUGGAUGGGCUUUUACUCUCUGCAGAUGUUGAACAUCGCGCUCGAGCUGGCAAAGGAAAACCCGGUCUAUGAAGAUAUCGCUUCCAAGUUCUUCGAACACUUCAUACUGAUCAGUGACUCCAUGUCGUUCGAAUACCUGAUUGACACUACCAGCCAAACCUGUCAGAAGAUUGUCAAACAGAAUCUGUGGAACGAAAAGGACCAGUUCUAUUACGAUGCUAUUUCAUGGGGCGGUCCGAACAGGGAACAGCUGCCCAUUAGAUCCCUCGUUGGAUUGAUACCACUCUACGCGUCGAUGACCUUGGAACCCCAUUUGUUUACUCGGUUCCCCAGCUUCAAGAAAAGAGUGGAUUGGUUUAUUGCGAAUAGGCCUGAGAUUUUCGAUAGAAAUAUUGCUUCGAUGACCAAAAGAGGUGUUGGUGAAAGAAUGCUAUUGUCUUUGGUAAAUGCCGAUAGGUUGAAAGCGAUAUUGAAACGUAUGCUAGAUGAAACGGAGUUUUUGUCCCCAUACGGUAUCAGAUCCUUAUCCAAGUACCAUGAAGAACAUCCAUUCGAAAUGCAUGUCCAUGGGCAACAGUACACCGUCAAGUAUUUGCCGGGAGAAUCCGAUUCCGGCAUGUUUGGUGGUAAUUCCAACUGGAGAGGGCCUAUUUGGUUUUCUACGAGUUUCCUCAUAAUCGAGUCGCUACAGAGGUUCUAUUUGUACUACGGGUCAGACUUCAAAGUCGAAUGUCCCACCGGUUCUGGCGAGUUCUUAAACCUGGCAGAAAUUGCCGAAGAGUUGGGUUAUCGCAUGAUCCAUCUGUUCGUCCCGGAUGAAAACGGGGAACGCGCUUGUAACUAUGGUGAGUAUUCCAAGUUCCUCUCAACUGAUGAGCAUUUCAAAGACCUAGUGCCAUUCUACGAAUACUUUGAUGCUGAUACCGGCCGGGGCUUGGGAGCUUCUCACCAGUGUGGUUGGACUGCCCUAGUUGCCAAAUGGAUCAGUGACGUUGGCGUGUCGUGCGUGAGGUUGCCACGUACCCCGAGGUCGUCCGUAUCGACUCCGCUGUCUUCACCACUUCCUCCCGAUGAAACGGACACCCAAAGGAUCAGAAGGUUAGCACGGCGUAAGAGUGCAAAGUCAUUGAUCAACUUCACCGCGACUGUCUUGGAUCUGUCGGAGGAAGAAAAAAGACUGCACAGAAUCGGUGGCACUACGACCGGGCUCACACCUCAAACGAGUCCCGCGCCCAGCGAAGGUGUCGAAGACCUAAAGCACGACAUCGCAGAGAAUGAAGGCAAAAGACCCUCCUUGGAGUCUUCCAUCGCCCACAAGUCGGAAUCCAAGUUAAUGCACACUUUAAAGGACAAGAUCAAAAACUUGAAGUUCGGAAGCCAGAGCAGCACUGAAGAGCGCGAAUCGGAGCUCACCGGGUGUAGAUAG